UUUCCUGGAUUCAUACAAUUUCUUCCGGUUGGAGAGAAAGUUCGCCUGUGCAGCACAUAAUCGAGAUAGUCUGCAAAGGCUGCCUGUUUUUGUGUAGGAGGAGGGUUGAUCUGGCUGCACAGCUCCUCCUUGUGUGUCUUCGAUGGCGUCCAGCCUUCUGCGCAUGGUGGCCACCAGCUGCUCUGCUCCUCUAUUCAGUGGGGUUCAGCUGCAGGCUAGUGCCCGCUCAGUGAAGACGCCAUGCCUGCGCUUCUUCCGGACUCAGCAGGUGCUCAACCGCUGCGCCAGCCCAGGUAUUCCCUAUAAGCAGCUCACGGUAGGUGUGCCGAAGGAGAUCUUGGAGAAUGAGCGCCGCGUGGCUCUGUCCCCGGCCGGAGUACAGGCCCUUAUAAAACAGGGCUUCAACGUGGUGGUGGAGUCUGGGGCUGGAGAGUCCUCCAAGUUCCUAGAUGAGCAGUACAUCCAGGCGGGCGCCACCAUCAAAGACGUCCGAGAUGUCCUGGCCUCCGAUCUGCUGCUCAAGGUGCGUGCGCCCAUCUUCAACCCCAAGCUGGGAGCCCAUGAGGUGGAGCUGAUGAAGGAGGCAGCCACUCUUUUCAGCUUCAUCUACCCCGCCCAGAAUCCUGAGCUCAUGGACUUGCUGUCCCAGAGGAAAGCCACCGUGCUGGCAAUGGACCAGGUGCCCCGCGUCACCAUUGCCCAGGGCUUCGAUGCGCUGAGCUCCAUGGCUAACAUUGCAGGAUACAAAGCUGUGUUACUGGCAGCCAACAGCUUCGGUCGCUUCUUCACCGGACAGAUCACCGCUGCUGGCAAGGUCCCGCCUGCUAAGGUGCUGAUCAUUGGAGGAGGUGUUGCGGGCCUGGCUGCGGCGGGCACUGCCCGGUCCAUGGGGGCUAUUGUCAGGGGCUUUGACACACGGGCGGCGGCUCUAGAGCAGUUCAAGUCCCUGGGAGCCGAGACUCUGGAGGUGGACAUUAAGGAGGCGGGCGACGGCCAAGGAGGCUACGCCAAGGAGAUGUCCAAGGAGUUCAUCGAGGCUGAGAUGAAGCUGUUUGCCAAGCAGUGUCUGGAGGUAGACAUCCUCGUCAGCACGGCACUGAUCCCAGGUCGCAAGGCCCCCAUCCUGAUCACCAAGAGCAUGGUGGAGAGCAUGAAGGACGGGUCGGUGGUGGUGGAUCUGGCCGCUGAGGCUGGGGGGAACAUUGAAACCACUGUGCCUGGGGAGCUGUCCGUACACAAGGGUGUGACCCACAUUGGCUUCACCGAUCUGCCCAGCCGCCUGCCCACCCAGGCCAGCACCCUGUACUCCAACAACCUGACCAAACUGAUCCGUGCCAUCAGCCCUUCCACGGAGAACUUCCAUUAUGAGGUCAAGGAGACGUUUAACUAUGGUACCAUGGACCAUGUCAUCCGAGGAUCCUUCGUCAUGCAGAAUGGAAUCAACCUCUUCCCAGCUCCUCUGCCUGAUAACAUUCCGGUGGCAGCCCCUCCCAAACCCAAGAGUGUGCAGGAGUUAGCGAAGGAGAAGGCUGCUGCUGUGUCCCCCUUCAAGGCCACCCUGACCACAGCCGGCAUGUACACUGGAGGUCUUGGUACUGUGUUAGGCUUGGGACUGGCUGCCCCCAAUGCUGCCUUCACCCAGAUGGUGACCACCUUUGGCCUGGCUACCAUUGUGGGCUACCACACGGUGUGGGGGGUGAGCCCAGCCCUUCACUCCCCACUCAUGUCCGUCACCAAUGCCAUAUCUGGUCUGACAGCUGUUGGCGGUCUCUCUCUCAUGGGGGGUGGCUAUGCCCCCUCCUCCUCUGCUGAAACCUUGGCUGUCGCUGCGGCCUUCAUCUCCUCAGUCAACAUUGCUGGUGGUUUCCUGGUGACCAAGAAGAUGUUAGACAUGUUCAAGCGUCCCACUGACCCUCCAGAGUACAACUACUUGUACCUUUUGCCCACAGGGGUGUUUGUAGGGGGCUAUGGAGUCGCCAUGCAGGCUGGCUAUAACAUUGAGCAGAUGAUGUAUCUGGGCUCAGGGCUGUGCUGUGUCGGAGCCUUGGCUGGCCUGUCCAACCAGUCUACCGCACGCUUGGGUAAUGCCCUGGGCAUGAUGGGGGUGGCAGGUGGCAUCGCUGCAACUCUGGGCUUCCUGAAGCCCACGCCUGAACUCCUGGCACAGAUGAGUGCCGCCAUGGCCGUGGGUGGUACCGCUGGGUUGGGCAUCGCUAAGAAGAUCCAGAUCACAGACCUGCCCCAGCUGGUAGCUGCCUUCCACAGCUUGGUGGGUCUGGCGGCGGUUCUCACGUGCGUGGCAGAGUACAUGAUUGAGUACCCUCACUUCGCAACCGAUCCUGCCGCCAACCUCACCAAAAUCAUCGCCUACUUGGGCACCUUCAUCGGAGGGGUCACCUUCAGCGGAUCCCUGGUGGCUUAUGGGAAACUGCAAGGUAUGCUGAACUCCGCCCCACUCCAUCUCCCCGGACGCCAUGUUCUGAACGCUGGGCUGAUGGCCUCCAGUGUGGGCCUGAUGAUUCCCUACAUGCUGGACCCCAGCUAUACCACAGGCAUCACCUGCCUGGGCUCCGUGUCCGCUCUGUCUGCUGUCAUGGGCCUAACUCUGACAGCAGCCAUUGGCGGUGCCGACAUGCCGGUUGUCAUCACUGUGCUGAACAGCUACUCCGGCUGGGCCCUCUGUGCUGAGGGCUUCCUACUCAACAAUAACCUCCUGACCAUUGUAGGGGCCCUCAUCGGCUCCUCUGGAGCCAUUCUCUCCUACAUCAUGUGUGUGGCCAUGAACCGUUCGCUUGCCAACGUGAUCCUGGGUGGGUACGGCACAUCGUCCACUGGUUCAGGCAAGCCCAUGGAGAUCGUGGGCACACACACCGAGGUCAACGUGGACCAGACGGUUGAAAUGAUCAAAGAUGCCCAGAACAUCAUUAUCACUCCAGGUUAUGGUCUGUGUGCUGCCAAGGCCCAGUACCCCAUCGCCGAGCUGGUCAAGAUGCUGCAGGAACAGGGCAAGAACGUCAGGUUUGGGAUUCACCCCGUGGCUGGUCGUAUGCCCGGGCAGCUCAACGUGCUGUUGGCCGAGGCCGGCGUGCCCUACGACAUUGUCCUGGAGAUGGAGGAGAUCAACGAGGACUUUGAUGAUACGGACCUGGUUCUGGUGAUUGGUGCUAACGACACAGUAAACUCUGCAGCCCAGGAGGACCCCAACUCCAUCAUCGCUGGAAUGCCUGUCCUGGAAGUGUGGAAGUCCAAACAGGUGGUGGUGAUGAAGCGUUCCCUGGGAGUGGGCUACGCAGCCGUGGACAACCCCAUCUUCUACAAGCCUAACACAGCCAUGCUGCUCGGCGAUGCCAAGAAGACGUGUGAUGCCCUGCAGGCUAAAGUUCGUGAGGCCAGUCAGUAAGCUGUGGCCUCCGGAAUAGCUGAAGGAGCAAUUAGACAUAGCAUUAAUGUUGUCCAUUUCCUCUCCUGGCAACAAGUUUUCCUUCAACACCUUUUUUCUAAACAGUUGUCUGCUAUGAUGAGUAUGUUUUCUCCUCUUUGUUAGGUAUUUGUGUCAGGAAGUACUAUGAGGUCUUUUUCUAUCCCCCUCCGUGUAAGCAAGGGGAACAAGCAACAGUGGCACACUUUUUUCAGAGAUUUUUUCCAAUGUUUUAUACUGUAAUGUUUUUGUAUUGGACCAGAUUGUAUUACAGAUGUCAGAUUGAGAUUCCAUUGAGUUUUUUCAAUCAGCAACUGUUGCAUGGUAAACUACAAUGUGAAGCAAUAGUCAAUUUUAGGCACUCUAACACUCCACUUUGUUCUUGCUGUUAACCUUGUUUUGUGAAGCGCAGGGUAAUGAGCGGCUUUGUGUUGUAGUGGUAAUGGUACAUGUCAUUCUAACCGUUAGUAGAGGAUUUGGUGAAUGUGGCUUCAGUUGGCCCUCCACCACACAACUAAGCUGCUUCUCUUCAUAGGACAGGGAUGCUGAAGGAACAGGACACAUAUGAGGUCAUGCUACAUUUAAUGAGGGAUGUGCAUCAUAAUAUGACUGUUGGAAAGGAUCAUCCAUUAUGUGACCGGGGUUUGAUAUAGAGUAGAUACAUUUAUUCAAUGCCGACAUUGUUUUUGAGGGUUAGUAAAUGUUCUGCCGUGUUUUUUCAAGCUCUUCUUCUGCCAUCAUCUACAUAGUUUGUCUUUUUCCUUACUGGGACCUGAAACAAUGCAACCCUAUGGAAAAACCAUGACAACAUCCCUACCUCUGUAGCUGACCAAAUUCCACUUCCGUUCUCUUGGUAACUGCUUUCUUCCUUUAACAAUUCAGUUUUCCAGACGUGUAUUUAUAAUGCUGUAUUUAAGCAAUAAGGUACAGGGGGGUGUGGUAUAUGGCCAGUGCAUAGAUCCAAUGCACCCCGGAGCCUGAGAUGCAUUAUUACUAUUAUGAACUGUUCACCAACGCACUGAUAACAGUAAAUCAUUAUUUGAUGUCGUAACCACGGGCCGCGGUAAACCAUCUCAUACAGUCGUGGCCAAAUGUAUUGGCACCCUUGCUUGCACUUUUUUUAAAUAACUCAAAUUGUCUUUGAAAAUAAGUUGAAAUUGACUAAAGUGUUUGGUCUCCACCGUGUGCCAGAGGAAGCAAAGCAACCCCAAAACAUCACAUUACCCCAGUUACGAUACUUUCUAAUUUCUGCUUUUAGCAGGUGAAAAUAAUAUUUUAAGAGUUAAGAUUUGGUAAAUAUUAUUUAGUAAAGUAUGUUUGGUUUUGUUGAAAUGCAAACCAAAGAAAUCCAUAUAUGGACACAAAAAUAUGUUUGAAUUUCAAUUGAAUUCUUGAAGAAAUGGCAAAAUAUUUGAAAAAGGUGCAGGGGGGGUACCAAUUCUUUUGACAACUUCCAUGGCUGCCAUCCAAACAACAUUCAGGAUCUAAACCACCCGGUUUACAGUAAGAUUGGUGCUAAGUAGGAAGGUUAAUGUAGGAAGAGUUGUCAUUCACUUAAACAUUGUCAUCGCAAUUAUAUUGUCAUUUGCCAUAUCUUUCCCAUUUUUAGUCAUAAAGUCAAGUACAAACAAAUGGAUAGGAUUACAUUUUGUGAAGAAAUGCUCUUCACAAGAGUAUUUUUGUAUAGGAAGACCAUUGUUGUAAUAGAAUUAAGGCUUAGCUGUUCAAAACAAUGUUCUAAUAGUAUUUCAUAGUGCCCUGGUUAGGAAAUGAAUGAAAUACUGUGAAUUGUUUGGUCUGGUUUAUCAUUGAGCGUCAUCCCUUAAUAAACCUUGAUUUUAAAACCUUGA